ACAAGAAAAGAACGGAUGAUUCCAGCAGAAUCAUUAUCACAGCGACAACAGUGGGUGCUGGCGUAUUUCUUAGCAUCGUGCUUAUCGUCUUAUUGGUAAAAUACAAACGACGGAAGCGGGCUCCAAAAUUAUCAACUCCUGUCAAUAUUCCAUUGGAGACGAAUGAAACUUCACCAGAACCAUUGCCAGAUGAUGAGGUAAAUUAUGGGCUCACUGAACCUCUAGAACUGAUAGAGCUAUCUAGUAUAAGUAAAGUUACUUUAGUUUGUACUCGAACUUCGCUUUGAUGUAUAAAGAGAAUAAUGAAAAAAAUUCUCGAACUCAAAUUUUGAAAAUCAGGGGGGUGUCUUUUCCAACAAACUAAAAAUAUAUGGCUUGCGCACGAGAUUUAAAAGUUUUAAUCGUGUUUUGAGGUAAUGGGUGGAAAAUGUGUUGGGUGUUUAAUUGCUGCACGAAAUUUCAAACAAUUUACUUCAGUUUAAGCCUUUAACUAUUCACGCAAACUUACAUUUUUUUCUAAAAAAUCAGGCAUGCUUAAUUAGGUAAAGGCAUUAAUUAAGCAUGCGAAAGGCUGAUUUUUUAGGAGAAAAUGAAUAGGUAUAAACAAAAGCAAAUUGUCUGAACUUUUGUACAGUAUUUAAAACCCCAACACAUUUUCUAUCCAUUAACUCAAAAUACGAUUAAAGCUUUUAAAUUUCGUGCGCAAGCCAUUUUUAGUUCGUUGGAAAAGAAACACCCCCCUGGUUUACACAAUUUGAGUUCGAGUAUUUUUUUCAUUAUCCUACAUUAUGAAGGGUAUUCAAGGAAUCUAUAUAUAACAAAAACCUGCUACCACGAGCUGUUUUGCGAAUUUGAGAGCAAUUUCAAGUCUGUUCAGUUUUUUUUAUACAUCCUGUAUAUGUAUAAUUUCAGGUCUACGUGAAAUCUGAGGGUAAGAUGAAUCCAGUGUGGAGUCUUUCUGGAAACCAAGGUGUCGAAAGGCAUCAAGCACCAGUGGCUGUGAACAAUCAAACGGCGUCAUACCAGGUGAGCAUGUAGAUCAGUGAGCACCAAAUAUAACUGAAUCCAAAGAUAACAGAUGUAGGUGGUAAGGUGGGUAAAGAAUUACUUGCUUGUUCAAGUGCUAAUUAUUUCUGAAGUUGAUCUACCAGUUAACAGAAACGACCUCAAUUUGCUACUUUUUGGCAGUUUGUAAUCGAAGGUGUACGUGGUGGAAGUAUCUAUGGAGACAUUGCAAUUGAUGAUAUCUCUCUCAUGGAUUCAUGUCCAAGAGGUGAAUCACUUGUGUACUAAUAGCUAUGUAGGCGGAAGAAGUACCAUCAAUCUUUUACAAAAUAGAGUAGGAAAGCUGCAUGGGGUCCUUCUUGCCACGUAUGUAUAGGUUAUAACGCAUUUUUAUGAUUUUAGAAAAUCAACCUAGUAAACCGACUUCGAUAGAUAAUAAUGGAAGUUAAAAGGUGACAAGUUUCAUUUGUCCUUUCCUCAUGAAUUAUUAAUAAGUUUUUUUAACAACGUUUACAGUUUCCACUACACCUGCAAGUUCACCAUCUCAAACUAGCUCUCAAGGCAAGUGAUGUUUUUGUUUGAUUAUUCAUGUGAUAUAUUGUACAUAUUAAUGUGUACAGUUUUUAUGUUGUUGUUUAGUAGUGUAUGGUGAAGUUAUGUAUAGUGUUUGUGAUGUGGCGUGUUUUGUGUAGUAAAAGGUUGGGGGGGGGAUGCUAAUCAUCCUGGUUUGUAGGAAACACCUCAAACAUGACCGAUUUGGAAGGCUCAAUUUGUGACAAAACAGAGUGGGAAACCUGGGGUCCUUCCUAGCUCAUCCUUUGGUGCCAUGUAUAGGUUAUAACAUAUUUUUACGAUUUUAGAAAAUCAACCUAGUAAACCAACGGUAAAGUCGACAAGUAAAAAGGUGACAACAACAUUUUAGUUUCCAUUACACCUGCAAUUUCACCAUCUCAAACUAGCUCUCAAGGCAAGUGAUGUUUUUGUCUAAUUAGGGGUGAGAGGGGGGGGGGGAGUGAGGAGGGAUAUGUUAAUCAUCCUUGAUUGUAGGACGUAUGACCGAUGUGGGAGGCUCUGACUGCCUACGGUGGCCAGGUUAAAAUAAAAUGGUUAACUUUUUGAAAACCAGAGUAUCUGAGGAAAGCCCUCGCAGCACAGCAGAGGACUAACUACAACUCUACUUAAAUGAGUUUUCAAAUACAUUUAUUAAGACAGAUCAGGGUCGCCCAUCAAGCAACAAUACCUGGUCCUCAACCUUCACCAACAGGCUUAAAUAACUUAAUUUUGUAUACUUUUUAUUCACAUAAUCAAUUUGGAUUCAAUUUACCCUUUCAGACAAGGGAACAACGGACGGUUCCAGCAGAAUCAUUAUCAUAGCGACAACAUUGGGCGCUGGCGUAUUUCUUAGUAUCGUGCUUAUCGUCUUAUUGAUAAAAUACAAACGUCGGAAGCGGGCUCCAAAAUUAUCAUUUCUUGUGAAUAUUCCAUUGGAGACGAAUGAAAUUUCACCAGAACCAUUGCCAGUUGAUGAGGUAAAUUAUUUAUGGUCAUGGUGUUAGUGACACAGUGAAUGGUUAUUAUAUAUGGGCCUUUAGGAAGAACAGCUUCGAAUAGAUAUCGCUAUUCAGUUAAUAUAAAGCAAAUUAGUUUAGUUUAGAUUUCUUUCUGUAGUAACACUGGUUCAAUAAGAGAUGACUCUUACUGGACGUCUGGGAAGAACAGUUUGGACUGAUAGAGUUAUCCGAUAUAAAUAUUAGGUUUCCUCCUGUAGUAACACUGGACGAAUAACAGUUGGGCCUCACUGAUUGACACUGAACCUCUAGAACUGUUAGAGCUAUCUAGUAUAAGUAAAGUUACUUUAGUUUGUACUCGAACUUCGUGGGUUUUUCUGUCUCCAGUUUUUCUCCUCCAUAAAAAACCAACUCUUGGAAAUUAGUUGUCAAGCACGUGCAUGUAUCGUGUGCUUCUGGCUCGGGUUGAAUUGGGCAACCACACCCUGUGUGUAAUCGUCAUUAAAUAAAUCAUAAUCCUUCUUAUAAAAAACAGAAGCCAUUUUACGAAAUUGUCGCAGAGUUGUACGAUGACGUCGGCACAAGUGGAAACGAAUCUGGACACACAUCAGCUGACGGUCAAUAG